AUGGACAGCCUAAUUGCAUGUGGAAACAAAGUCCUUGGUGCUGCAGUGCCGCGCGAAGCUCCUGAAACCCAGCAGCAUUGGCCGCUGUUCGAGGGAGUAUCCGUGGCUGUGGGGUAUGUGGAGUCUAAAGCUUCAAAAGUUGCAGGGCAAGCAGACAAGCGUGACAAGGACCUGCAGAGAAAGUCGCACGCAGACGUCAAACGCCAACUCAAAUGGCUGUUAGCACAAUACACUAGCACCAUGGCGACAGCGACACCACCACCCCAUGCGCAACCUGAAGGACCUAAGGUCAAGGUCUACGAUCCCGUCAGAGUAGUAGAAGGGAUGUUCAGUGGCUGUCUGACACGUAUGGCCUAUGUACUCAGGGAUCCCAAGAACUUCGGCGAGCCGAGUCCAUAUAUCUUCGCCGAACUCCAGAAACGUUUUGCAGAUGGAUGCGACGAUAUCGAGAUUAAACUCCUUGAUCUGAAAUGGUAUCUAGAACAGAAACUGGCAGAGAAUGCAACGCGGAGACAAGCAGAAGCGAUACAAAAAGGGACGACCACACCAACAGCAUCAGCAACGAAGAGGAAGCACGAAGAGAUAGACGAUACUCAGAAACAGGAACAGUCAGAAACUCCUACCAAACGUCCAAAGCGCGAUGACGGAACUUCACCCAAAUCUGCUGUCGUCGCAACAGAAGAUCCUCCAACCUCUAACAGUAAUGAAAACCCACCUGCAGAUUCUGCGUCGCAGCCACGAACGGUGCCAGACGUCGAUGCGCCUGCGCAAGUACAGCCGGCGCCUUCGCAAGUACAGCCGGCGCCUUCGCAAGUACAGCCGGCGCCUUCAUAUUUAGAGAAAGCGAAUGACCAGCCGAGCUCAGGACAAGCAAAGCAAAUCCCUGUGCCUGCAACCGCUCCAUCGGCUGUACCGCCAGAACCAGAAUUCAAUGCAGAUUAUACUGCCAAAUCUACUCCUCAAGAGACUCCAAUCGAACCAGGGGACUUCUUUAUCGAAUCAAUGUUUGGCGACCCAACCGAAGAUGGUAAUACUGUGAACAGCGAAGACUUGAAUUCUUUUACCCAAAACAAUUUCGAUCAAAGCACGGCUGCUGCAGGUACCGCAGUCUCGAAUACAAUAAACCAGGACCAAGACUAUACACAGUCACAGGCCAACUCGUCCUCCCUCACCUCCUUUUUACCUGGUCUUGAACAAUACGCGAACCAACCGGACGACCCUAUGAACACACAAGCGCAGACAUUACCAGUUAACACUCAGAGUCAAGAUCUCUUCGCGGAUUUUACUGCCGCACCUGAGCGGAACGUGUGGGAUGACUUUUUGGAUGAUGAAACAAACAAUGCGGGAAAUAGCACGGAUUUUGCGGACAUUGAUGUCGGAAACCCAGAGGCUACCAAUAUGAAUUUUGAUAGUUUAUUUGACGAUGAUAUGGGAGACUUCAAGGAAUUUAGUGGCGCGAAAUAA